GUUUGUAGGUGGAGAGCUGAAUAUGUGUUACAAUGCUGUAGAUCGUCAUGUUGAGAAUGGACGAGGAGACCAAACUGCCAUUAUUUAUGACAGUCCUGUAACAAAUACCAAAGAGAAGAUAACAUAUAAGGAACUUCUUGAACAGGUCUCCAAGUUAGCUGAUGUCAUGGUCAGACAUGGUGUGAAGAAAGGAGAUCGUGUGGUCAUCUACAUGCCCAUGAUUCCACAGACAAUGUACUGUAUGCUGGCUUGUGCAAGAAUAGGAGCCAUCCAUAGCCUGAUUUUUGGUGGAUUUGCGUCUAAAGAGCUUUCUGUUCGCAUCGAUCAUGCAAAGCCCAAACUUAUUGUAACAGCAAGUUUUGGAGUAGAACCAAAAAGGAAAGUGGAAUAUGUAUCCCUCCUGGAAGGAGCACUGGCAAGGGUACAGAGCAAGCCUGGUAAAGUUCUCAUUUACAAGCGACCUAAUUUGGGCCAUGUUCCUCUUGCCCCAGGUCGUGAUCUUGACUGGGAAGAAGAGCUUGCAAAAGCACAGUGUUAUAAAUGUGUCUCCAUUCCUGCAGACCAUCCACUUUAUAUUCUGUAUACAUCUGGAACAACAGGCUUACCUAAGGGUGUUGUCAGACCAACAGGUGGCUAUGCAGUUAUGCUGAACUGGACAAUGUCAGCUGUAUAUGGACUCAAACCUGGUGAGGUGUGGUGGGCGGCUUCUGAUUUAGGCUGGGUUGUUGGUCAUUCCUACAUUUGCUAUGGGCCUCUCCUUCAUGGGAAUACUACUGUUUUGUAUGAGGGGAAGCCUGUGGGAACGCCAGAUGCUGGUGCCUAUUUCCGUGUGCUAGCAGAGCAUGAAGUAGCUGCCUUCUUUACUUCACCAACUGCAAUUAGAGCAAUCCGUCAGCAGGACCCUGAGGCAGCCUUGGGAAAGCAGUACUCUCUGAAAAGGUUCAGAACGUUAUUUGUAGCUGGUGAGCACUGUGAUGUGGACACACUAGAAUGGUCGAAAAAGGUCUUCAAGGUACCUGUGUUGGACCACUGGUGGCAAACUGAAUCUGGUUCUGCAAUUACUGCUUCCUGUAUUGGUUUGGGGAACUCUACAACACCUCCACCCGGACAGGCAGGAAAACCAGUGCCAGGAUACAAUGUGAUGAUUCUGGAUGAAAAUAAGGAAGCAGUGAAGGCAAAGACUUUGGGAAAUAUUGUGGUAAAGUAA